GUCCCUUCCUUAAGCUUCUUCUACCUUGCUCUCUGUCCUGCUCUACUGCUCAAACUCCGAUAAGUGCAGGAAACAAUCAGCUCUGAGUCCAUUGAGCAGCCAGCAAACGGAUCAUGUCAGACUCGCUCGCCACAAAGAUGCAGGUGGACGCGCUUGCAGGUGAAGAGCGCGCCAUUGACGAAUCACUCUACUCGCGCCAACUCUACGUCCUCGGCCAUGAAGCAAUGAAGCGCAUGGCAAACAGUAAUGUGCUGAUUGUUGGAAUGAAGGGACUUGGUGUAGAAAUCGCAAAGAAUGUCGCGCUAGCAGGUGUCAAGUCACUCACACUUUACGACCCAAAUCCUGUCAAGAUCGAGGAUCUGUCGACACAAUUCUUUCUGCGGCAAGGUGAUGUUGGACAGCCACGGGCGACUGUUACACGCCCUAGAUUGAGCGAGCUCAACUCAUACGUUCCCAUCAAUGUUCUCGAUGGCGACUUGACGACAGACAAGCUCGCACACUUCCAAGUGGUAGUCCUUACAGAGACAGCACUUGCAAAGCAAGUCGAAAUCAACGACUUCACCCACAAGAAUGGCAUCUUCUUCAUCUCAACAGACGUCAGAGGACUCUUUGGCAGUGUCUUUUGCGAUUUCGGGCCGCAAUUUUCUAUUGUCGACCCAACAGGCGAAGCGCCCGUCUCUGGCAUCGUCGCAGAUAUCAACGCGGAAGGCUUGGUGACUGCACUCGAUGAGACGCGGCAUGGACUCGCAGAUGACGACUAUGUGACAUUCACAGAGGUCGAGGGACUCAAUAUCGGCACGGAGCCUCGCAAGGUCCAGGUCAAGGGCCCAUACACAUUUUCCAUCGGCGAUGUCUCUGGCUUGGGUCAAUACACUCGCGGUGGAAUCUUUACGCAAGCCAAAAUGCCGAAAAUUGUCGACUUCAAACCUCUCAGAGAACAACUCGCUGCGCCAGACUACCUCAUCUCUGACUUUGCCAAAUUUGAUCGUCCCGCCCAGCUACAUGUUGGUUUUCAGGCGCUGCAUGAAUUUGCAGAACAACACAAUGGUCUCUUGCCACGUCCACGAAACGAGAGCGACGCAGCAGAUGUUUGGCAAGCCGCACAACGUAUCGCUGCUGCAUCUUCAGAGAAACCCGAAUUGGACGAGAAGCUGAUCAAAGAGCUUUCUUACCAGGCACGAGGCGAUGUCAGUCCUAUGGUCGCUGUGUAUGGUGGUAUUGUUGCGCAAGAAGUGCUCAAGGCCAUUUCAGGCAAAUUCCACCCAAUCAUGCAGUUCAUGUACUUUGACUCGCUCGAGUCACUUCCUACUUCUGUUGUAUUGACGGAGCAAGAGUGUGCGCCCUUGGGCAGUCGGUAUGAUGGACAAAUUGCAGUAUUUGGCAAGACGUUCAAUGACAAGAUUGCCAAUACCAAGGAGUUCUUGGUUGGUUCAGGUGCUAUUGGAUGUGAGAUGCUCAAGAAUUGGGCCAUGAUGGGACUUGGUAGCGGACCCAAUGGUAUCAUCCAUGUCACUGACAUGGAUACAAUUGAAAAGUCCAAUCUCAACCGACAAUUCCUCUUCCGGCCCGCUGACGUGGGCAAGCUCAAGUCUGAGUGUGCUGCUACCGCAGUGGCAGAGAUGAAUCCAGAUUUGAAGGGCAAGAUUACUGCAUACCGUGAGCGUGUUGGACAAGAGACUGAAGGUGUCUUUGGCGAUGCCUUCUUUGAUGGUCUCGAUUCUGUCACGAAUGCGCUGGACAAUGUCGAUGCACGCACGUAUGUCGAUCGUCGCUGCGUCUUCUUCAAGAAGUCCUUACUCGAGUCUGGCACGCUGGGCACCAAGGGAAACACACAAGUCGUCUUCCCUGCCUUGACGGAAUCCUACUCUUCCUCACAAGAUCCACCAGAAAAGUCUUUCCCCAUGUGCACCAUCAAGAACUUCCCAAACCAGAUUGAACACACCAUUGCUUGGGCGCGCAGUGAGUUUGAGGCAUACUUCAAGGAGCCAGCGGACAAUGUCAACAUGUACCUCUCACAACCCAACUUUUUGGAGACAACGUUGAAGCAGGCGGGCGACCAAAAGCAAAUUCUUGAGACCAUCAAGGCAUACCUUGUGUCCGCCAAACCUCUCACCUUUGAGGAAUGUAUUGCUUGGGCGCGUCUCGAGUUUGAAAAGACGUACAACAACAACAUUCAGCAACUACUGUAUCGUUUCCCCAAGGAUUCAUUGACCUCUACUGGCACACCCUUCUGGUCUGGUCCGAAACGUGCACCGACACCGUUGUCAUUCGAUGCUGCAGAGCCAACGCACAUGGGCUAUGUCAUUGCAGCAGCCAACUUGCAUGCCUUCAACUUUGGCAUCAAAGGCACCAACGACAUGGCAGUGUAUAAGAAAGUGCUGGACGGCUUGAUUGUUCCCGAGUUCUCACCUCGCGAUGGUGUGGCGAUUCAAGUGAAUGAUUCAGAUCCUGACCCAAACGCAGCUGGUGAGGUGGAUGCCGAUGUCCUUGCCAAUCUGGCGAAUGACUUGCCACCGCCUUCCUCUGUGGCUGGACUUCGCUUACAGCCUGUUGAAUUCGAGAAGGAUGAUGAUACAAACUAUCACAUUGAUUUCAUCACUGCGGCAUCCAACUUGCGUGCCAUGAAUUAUGGCAUUGCGACAGCAGACAACCACAAGACAAAGUUCAUCGCUGGCAAGAUCAUCCCUGCUAUUGCAACAACCACCGCAGCAACCACUGGAUUCGUCUGUCUCGAGCUCUACAAAAUUAUCGAUGGCAAGCAACAGCUGGAGGACUACAAGAAUGGAUUCAUUAAUCUGGCGCUACCCUUCUUUGGUUUCAGCGAACCCGUCAGUAGCCCCAAGUCCAACUACAAUGGCGUUGAAUUUGACAAGAUUUGGGAUAGGUUUGACGUGCAAGCCAGUAUGACAUUGCAGCAACUGUUGGAUCUCUUUAGCCAGCAACAUGGGCUUGAUAUCACCAUGCUAUCGAGUGGAACAUCGCUUCUAUACGCGAGCUUCUUCCCGCAGAAGAAAUUAGCGGAGCGGUAUGCACUCUCGCUCGAUCAACUCGUUGAGUUUGUUAGCAAGAAGCCUGUGCCGAGUCACGCAAAGAAUUUCAUCUUGGAGAUUUGCUGUGAUGACAAGAAUGAGGAAGAUGUGGAAGUGCCUUUCAUUUGUGCGCAUCUUUAGUGAUGGUUUCAACGGUUGAUACACGAAGCGUAGUCUUGCAGAUAGAAAUGCAUACAGAUUUUGAAGGAAGCUAGGUCAGCUCUGGCGAGCACAAAUCUUUCUUCCUCUUCUACAGCAAGGGUAACGAUAAAUCAAUUCAUGACUGAUGCCAGGGACAGACUCUUCUGUCGAGCAUGACCCUCCUCUGUAUGUCCGUCCUUCGUCUCCGUUACACUCACAUUCGUCGAAUCCUUUUCCAGUGACUCAGCCG